GCUGACUGACUAAGAAGUUUUAAAUUCAACCGAUAUUCUACUAGACUACUAAAUGCCCACCCUCCCUUCCUCCCUAAACACAUACAAAAGAAAGAAAAUAAGAUAUAUCUACUAAUUUUAAGUCUAAACUAUCGGUAGGGAGACAUAUCCACUAUUUUAAGUCUAAAUUAUCGGCAGGGAGACAUAUAUACUAUUUUAAGUCUAAAUAAUUUGCUGGGAGACAUUCUUCUUCUAGAUUCCUUAGCUUUCUUUUCAAUUCUUACUAUAGGUAACAAUACCCAAGAUGAAAUUUGUAAUCAUGCUCAUGUAGUACCACUAACAUAACCAAGAAUAUGACAAAUUCAUGAUGCUAACAGGGAAUCUGUGAUACACUACGUAUAUUAUAAUUGCACUCUUUAUGUGUCUCUAUCUGGCAUGUUAAAGCUGUUAUGAUAUAGGCUUCGAGAUAAUAUUGAAGAACUGCGUCGCUCUUUGGCACCUAAGGAAAAUGCUGUGGAGAGUUUACAACAGUCACUAGUAGAAAAAGAUCAGAUGUUGGAAAACAUGAGGGGGUUGCUAAAGGCAGCAGAUGAGAAAAGGCAAGCGUCAUUGGCUGAACUCUCUUCAAAGCAUCAGAAGGAAAUUGAGAACUUGGAAGCCCAAAUUAGUGAUGCAUUAGCUGAAAGGAGCAAAGCAGCUGAAACCAUCUCUAGUCUGAGGGCUGCAAUAGCAGAGAAGGAAUCUAAGAUUGCAGAUAUGGAUGCAGCUUCAAGUGGUGAAGCAGCACGUCUAAGGGCCUCCAUGGAAACUGUAAAAGGGGAGCUUCUCCAUCUGAAAAGUGAGCAUGCAAAAGAAAAGGAGAGUUGGGAAGUUACUGCUCAAUCACUCAGAACAAAGCUGGAGGUUGCUGAGAGUAACUGCAUACGCUCUGAAAUAGAAGCUACCAAAAUGAGAAGUCAACUAGAAUCAGAAUUAUCUGCUCGAGUUCAGUUGCUGAAUUUAAAAGAUGCUGAAUUAGUAACAGCGCAAGAGAAGAUAGGCCGCCUCGAAAGUGAAUUCACAUCUUACAAGGUUCGUGCUCAUGCUCUUCUUCAGAGAAAGGAUGCUGAGCUCGCAGCUGCACAAGACAAUGAACAAGUUCAAGCACUGGAGGACUCGCUGAAGGAUGUUGAGAAAGAACUGUUGUUGGUAUCUGCUGAAAGAGACAAAGCUCUUCAAGAUUUGAAGGAGUCAUUGGCUUAUAACCAGAAGGAACUUUCUGAAAGAGAUACAGCUCUCAGCGCAGCAGAGCAACAGAUUAGGAGCAUGGAAUCAAAACUCAAUUCAGCUCUAUCUGCCCAUCAAAGGGAAAAGGAGACAUGGGAGAUAAACCUUCAAAAUGUGGAAGAAACUUGGCGAUUGAGAUGUGAAACGCUGAAGGCACAAAAUGAGGUUACUUUAAGUAAAAACAUGCAAAAAGAACUCGAGGACCUAAAAACACGUCAUAAAAAAUUGAAGGAGGAACAUGAUACAUUUCGUGACCUUGCUGAUAAAAUGAUUGAGGAGAAAGAUGAUGAAAUAUCUAGACUUCUAGAUGAAAAUAAGCAUCUCCGCCAAUCCCUUCACUCAAAGCAAGUAGCUGAUCGCAGUAGCAACUAUGAUGCCGCAUACGAGCAGCGAGAAGCUGUUAAUUCAAAUACCUCUGCUGCAGAACAUCAGAUUCUAAUGUUGGCAAGGCAACAAGCCCAAAGAGAGGAAGAACUUGCUCAGUCACAGCGUCACAUUCUUGCGCUUCAGGAAGAAAUUGAGGAGCUUGAACAUGAAAAUCGUCUCCACAGUCAGCAGGUAUCCAUGUUAAAAGAUGAGCUUCGUAACAUGGAUAGAACACAGAAAAGAGAAGGCGUAGAUUUGACUUAUCUAAAAAAUGUCAUCUUGAAACUUUUAGAGACAGGUGAAGUGGAAGCUCUGUUGCCUGUGAUUGCAAUGCUCCUGCAGUUCAGCCCCGAUGAGAUGCUCAAAUGUCAGCAAGCUUACCGCUCUACAACUAGCAUUCCAGCCAGCCCGGCAAGCGAUACUUCUGCAACAGGAGGAUUGUCUCUAUUCUCUAGAUUCUCAUUUUCUUGAUCACCUACCCAAGAUGACCCGCGCACAGGUGAUGCCCACACUGUCUAGGAGUACUGUGCUGGCCAAAUUUGGUCAUUUUGUCCGGAAUGUCUAAUGCUGUGGCUGAAUUGUUCAAUCAUAUAUAACAAAUUGAGACUGGGCUCAAGACUUCUUUUCCCCUCUAGAUUAUAAAGAACAAAAUUCAAAAGAAAGAAAAUUGCAUGAGAUAUAGAAUCAUAGAAUAGGAGGAACCCAAUAUAUUCAUUGUCUGUUUAUAUUGUUUGUUUUUCUUUCUGGGUUGUUCCAAAAUAAAUUGCUUGUUUCUUA